AUGGAAAGUAGAUCGCCGAGGCUUUCAAAUAACCUCAACAUAUCGAUUCCAAUGCCUCAAGCGGAGUUAACGGCGGCGUCUGACUCGGCUUGCUCGUCUUACGAGAGCUAUCUACGGCUUCAGGAGCUCAAAAAGUUAUGGAGUUCCAAAGAGUUUCCUGGAUGGAAAGACGAGUUGAUUCUUAAACCGGCUUUCAUCGGUCUAGAAAUCACGUUCCGGUUUAUCUCCACCGUUUUAUCGGAUCCCAGGCCGUAUGCGAACAUGUGGGAAUGGAAGCGGCGGCUACAGGCUUUAACAACUAGCGAAAUUGAAAUUAUAGCUUUAUUAUGUGAAGAUGAUGUGAAGACACGUGCCGCGAUUCCGAUCGUGGAUGUGACGUCAUCGGAUGGUGUGUUGGCUAGGGAAACCAGCUCUGCCGAGGUGCGGAAGAUGUCCGAUGAGACAACGGUGGUGAGCCGGGUGAGCGAAGCCAGUUUGUUGCCACGACUGGCCACGUGGCACAAAUCAGAGGAGCUUGCGAAGAAGAUUCUCUACUCCAUCGAACGCGAGAUGCAUGGCAUUCCAUACACCCUAGGAUUAGGUGAGCCGAACCUCGCCGGCAAACCGACCUUCGACUACGACGCCGUAUGCAAACCAACCGAGCUUCACGCAUUCAAGAAAUGUCCCUCAGAUAAUGCGGAUCUGGACAUAGAAAACCAAACACUUUACGCAACGCACCAGAUUCUAGAGUCAUGGAUCUGUGUGUCGAAAUUUAUUUUGGAGAGAAUUAGGUCGAGAAUCGACAGCAGAAGCUUCGAGAAUGCUUCAAGUGAUUGCUGGAUACUGGAAAAAGUAUGGAAACUGUUGAAGGAGAUCGAAGAUCUCCAUCUAUUGAUGGACCCAGAUGAUUUUCUCCGUUUGAAAAAUCGUCUUUCGAUAAAAGCAACUUCGGAAUCCGACUCCUUCUGUUUCAGAUCCAGAGAACUCGUCGAAAUCACCAAAUUAUCCAAGGACCUGAAACACAAGGUGCCUACCAUUUUGGACGUGGAGGUUGAUCCCAAGGGCGGUCCAAGGAUCCAAGGAGCUGCGAUGAAAUUGUAUAGAAAAAAAGCUGAAUUCGAGAAAAUUCAUUUGCUGCAGGCGAUGCAGGCGGUGGAGAUGGCAGUGAAGAGCUUUUAUUUUUCAUACAAACAGUUGGUGACGAUUGUUAUGGGGAGUUUGGAGGCAAUGGGGAAUAGAACAUUUGUGAACGUUGAUUCGGGAGAUUUGUUGGGUCAAAUAUACCUUGAGCCAACGUAUUUUCCCAGUUUGGAUGCUGCAAAGACUUUUCUCGAUUCUUGGGGUCAUGAGAGGGGAAGAUAG